AUGAUUAAUUACUCUUAAAACAUAAAGCAAUAAAUUCAUACUCAAACUUAAUAAAAUAUUAUUGAAGAAGACAUUUGUUUUGACAGAUAUGGAGAUCUUACAUUGACAUAAUAAUAAUAAUAAAAUACAAAUAGAAAUUGGAUUAAAGUGUGUCAUAUUGAUUAAUCAACUGUUGGAAAUAAUAUUUUGCUUAGAGCUAGAAUCCAUAAUUCAAGAAUCUAAGGAAAAAUUGCUUUUCUUAUUCUAAGAGAAAAUUGGUAUACAAUAUAAGCCGUUUCUAUAAAAGGAGAUUCUGCUAGUUCACAAAUGCUUAAAUUCAUAGGAGGAAUCCCUCUAGAAUCUAUAGUUGAUGUAGAAGCAGUUGUUGCUGAACCCAAUUUUUAAAUUAAGUAUUGUACAUAAAAGGUAGAAUUACAAAUAAAAACUAUUCGAGUUAUAAGUAGAUCUGCUUCUAAACUUCCAAUUUAAAUAGAAGAUGCUUCGAAAAAAAUUGUAGAUUUUAAUUAAAAUUUAGAAUAUUAAUAUCAAAAUAAUUAACUAUCCUUAAAUUAAAGAUUAAAUAAUAGAGUUCUUGAUUUAAGAACUCCUGCUAAAUAAGCUAUAUUUAGAGUUUCAUCUGGAAUAUCAUUAUUUUUUAGGUAGUUUUUGAUUGAAUAAGGAUUUAUUGAAAUUCAUACACCAAAAUUAUAAGGAUAUACAACUCAAAAUGAUAAUAUUAAAAAUUUUAAACUAAAGUACUUUAAUUAAGAUGCUAUUUUAUCAUAAUCAUCUUACUUAUAUAAAUAAAUGAGUUUAAUGGGUGAUUUUGAUAGAGUAUUUGAAAUUUCUCCUGUGUUUUAAGCUAUUCAUGGUAAUACUAAUAGGGAAUUAUGUGAAUAUACUUGUAUGGAUUUAGAAAUGGUUAUUAAAGAACAUUAUACAGAAUUGUUAGAUUUGACUGAAGAAUUAGCUCUAUUUAUACUAAAAGAAAUUGAAAAAAGAUUUUAAUAAGAAAGUAAAAUCAUUUCAUAAUAGUUCUAAUUUGAACCUAUUACAAUUUCUUAACCAAUUAUAAGAUUGACAUUUUUAGAAGGAUUAAAAUUACUAUAAUAAUCUGAUAUUAUUAAACAUCCUAUAACCUAUAUGACAAUAUCGGAAUUAAAAUAAUUAGGCAAAUUAAUUAAAGAGAAAUUUGGAACCGAUUUUUUUAUUAUGCAUAGAUUUCCAAGAGAAUAUGAACCAAUCUAUGUUAUGCCUUGUAAAGAUAAUCCUGAAUUUUCUUUGUCUUAUGUUUUAUUUCUAAGAGGAGAAGCAAUUGCAUCAGGAAAUUAAAAAAUUCAUCAUCCAGAAUUAUUAUCUCAAUAAAUAUAAAAAGUAGGAAUAGAUUUUGAAUAAAAAAGAGGCUAUAUUAAUUCUUUUAAGUAAUAUAUUAUUAUCUAUUUAAAAGUUAUGGAGCUUUUCCUCAUGGAGGAUGUGCAUUUGGCUUAGAAAAAUUACUUUAUUUGUACUUUGAUUUAAAAAAUAUUAGAAACUCUUCUUUAUUUCCAAGAGAUUCAAGUAGAUUAUUUCCUUGA